UUGAACCGCCCACCUGGGUCUUCCAGCUGCCUAUCAAACGCACAGCCCGGUAGGGCCCUGGGGAGGAACAGCCAAGAGGGAGGCCGGGCCAGGGGCUGGCGGCUUCCUCCGCGAGCUCUGCCAUUUCUGGCCUCAGCCUCUACCGGCCACUGUGGCUCCAGAGUGAACUCCUCACAUCUUCCUCUGAAUUCAUCUAGAGUAACUCUGUAGCAGUCAUCAACAGUCCUGAGUUGUUAUUGCAAGUCCAGGAAGAAUGAGGUUACUCAGGCAACUGGAGGGUGAGGAUGGAGAAGAGCUUUAUUGAGCAACAGAACAGCUCUCAGCAGAGAGGAGACCCAAAGUGGGUAGCUCCUACCUGCAGGAAGGUUUCUGAAGGGGGCCAAGAUGGCCCAAUAGGAACAGCUCCAGUCUGCAGCUCCCAGAAAGACCAACGCAGAAGGCAGGUGAUUUCUGCAUUUCCAACUGAGGCUGAAGGUGACAUUACACUUAGAGGGAUCCACAGAUUCAAGAGGCUGCUUGGGGAGGGCAGCACAGUGAAGUACAAGGACUUUGACAUCAGAGAGGCCUGGAUUCAAGUCCCAAUUUCUAUCUCUCUCUCUGCGGAAGCCAGCCACCGCUCUCCAAGGACUCUCGAGCAGCUCCAUCUACAGAUUCACAUGGAGAAGAAUUAAGGGUUCCUGCCAAUCACCAGCACCACUUUGCCAGCCUUGUGAAAGUACCUGAAUGAAACAACACCCAGUAGCCACUAGCACACCUAGCUCCCAGAUCUCAGUUUUUGAUGCCAUUCUUCAGUAAAAGGAAGCAAGGCUGCUUGGAGAAAUUGCUAUCAAGGACUGGCGUAGAAAAUAUACAGGAUGAAAUUGGAGCAUCUUGUAGUGCUUGAAAACAGUUGGCAUCUGUGUGAAGAUGUGAAUGGAGGAGGCAGGGUACGCAGUGAGUGCCGCAGCCACAGCUUGGGUUCUCUGCAGCCCUGGCACAGAAGGUUCCUUAGAUCCUGGGAUGAGGAGGUGGACCAGCAGAAGGUGGGCUUGGGAAGGCAGCCCGGGGUCCAAAUCCUCCUGACUCUUCAGCUUAGCGGGUUAGUUAACAUUCAGAAGCCUUCAUCUCCCAUCUGCAAAAUGGGCAUGUCCAACUCAGAAGCUGCCUUGAAGAAAGGGUCUACCCAGCAUGGUGCGUGGAGCCUAAGCAAUCAGUACUUCAGGACUUCACCCGGCCCCUUUCCAAUAACUGCUGCUGUCGCCCUCACAGGAUGUCACCUUCAGUGUCUGAAAGCUGGGUUUGAUGCGUCUGGAAAGGCGCCCCUGACAGGCGUCGUUGCCAGGAGCCCCUAGUGCCGCCCCCAGCCAGCAGGGGAGAGCGUCCUCUGCCCGCUCACUUCUGACCCUUCUCUCGUUGCACCCGGGACAUGGUGCAGCUGGGAGCAGCCUGGGCUGCGCGGAAGGCUCAGAUUUGGGGACGGCCCUUGCCAGUGACUGUGAGCUGGGGUGUCUUGGAAACUCCCAGUCUCAGCUUCUCCAUUUAUAAGAUGAGAAUGAUCAUACCAGCCUCAGGCAAGGUUGUUUGUGCAUUAGUGAAAUCAGGCGUAUCAAAUAAAGUACCACAUUGAUCGUGGAGUUGUUGAAUAACCAAGAACACA